UAUAUAUCGACUUUCCUUUCACUUCGUCGUUCUAAAGAUAUGGCUAGCCUCGAAUAAACAUGCGACGAAGUUUUAGUCCGUGAUACCUGAGGAAAAAUUUCAUGUCGAUGAGCAAAAUUUCCAAUUUCCGUUACUGAAGUCUCCCAACUGAAUAUUAAAUAUAAAAAGGUUUGAGAAAAAUAUUUUUGAGUAAAUAUUGUUCUUGGGAAAAAAAAAAGCACCCAAAUAAAACUGUGACAAUGGCAAAGGUUCAAGAAUAACAAAUCUAGGUUACUUCCAGCACACCUUAAGGAAAGAAAUGUUACGCUCGCUGUUGCAGAGAAAUACAAUUACAUAAAUUUUUAUAAUCCCGGGGAGGAUUUGCCUUGCCUGCCUAAAUGUGAACUUUGGGCCAAAUCUGUGUGUGAUUCCGCGUACAAUCACCUAUCGUGUCACUAAACGAUCGAAAUUAAAACAACGAGUGAUGAGAUUUUGAUGUCAAGGCGCCGUGCUAAUUAAUCAGCGAACCACACACAUUGCCACAAGCAGCGUGACUGCCCACUGGACCUGCUCGCCAGCAGUGCAUAAUUGCAAUUCACAGUGGGAUAAAUUUCACUCAGCGUUGCAAGCAAUAUCCGUCUCCACAGAGGUCCGCUCAAAAGCUCCUUACAAAGUAACAGAAUAGGGUGCUAAACAGGCGCCAAAAACAAGUGAAUAUAAACAAAAUACUCUAAAAACAAAUUAACGCCAAUAUUUGACUGCCGUCUGUGCUUGAUGUGAAGAGCGAGAGUGGUUGAUCCAAAAGAAGGUAAGAGGACAAGAGCUUAUUCGAAAAGUUCAUCACUUCACGACCAAAUUUCCCAUUUCGUGGCAGACUUUUUCGAAAGAGAGAUGUCGCUCUUUAUCGAAGGAGUUACUAUGGCGUCAUUCUGUGAGGCUAUAAUUACACAUUCUGUCCCGGCCAAUUGAGCUGGGCCUCAGUGUUUUUAAACGCUAUCAAACGAAAAUAAAAAUAUGCUGACAAAGAGAUGAAAAAAAUUGAUACAAAGAAUCGGAAAGAUGGAACUCCGAGAGAGGAGUUUUGUUUUUCGUGUUUUUACCCAAAAAAUAAACCGCAGCACAUUCUUACCAGGGAACAUCUGCGCCGCGUCAAAAUUUGCAAACGAAACUAAAUGACGUAAAGCGAAAUUUUGAAAAUUAAUUCCAAGAGUAAAACAAAAAAAGUUUGUUGACAAGUGAAAGCUAAAAAUAAAACUUAAUCAUGUUCAAAGCUCGAGUGUUUGCACAAAGUGACACUCUUCUCGACGAAAACCGGGAAUAGAGAAAUUUAGUUUUCAUUGUUCUUUUUUCUUUUGCAAGAAAUUCCCACUAUGUUUAUUAUUUUUAAGGGCCUCUCGAAAUUUUUGUGUUACGGUUAAGUUAUUACCUUCUCGUCACCUGCUUCAGGCAGAUAAAUAUUGCACAAGAAGAAGCAUAUUGGACUGAAGGAAAUUUCAACUAUUGACAGCUUUAACCCCCAAGAAAAUUUUCACCUCAAAUACUUCAGGAAAAAAAUUGUGAUUUCAUACACAAAGAUGGGAAAAUUUUCAAGAAUAAACGACUAGCCUUUAGCCGACUGCAAGAGACUUCAGAAGACGCCGCGAGUAUCCGGUUGCCCACAGGUGUUUCAACUUAAAGGCGAACAAAUCGGAGAAAGAUGGAAAACUCAACAUGGAGGGAAAACACAAAUUUGACACAAGAGAUGAACCGUUGGAAGCUACAUCAGACUCAAUCCGGUCAAGCAGUGAUCGUAUUCCUGUCUUUACAAGGUGUCCUUAUAAUAUGCGCGAACUCGCUGGUGUUUUUAUUGUUUGCGACCACAAAACAUUUACGAACAAAGACGAACUACUGUUUGGUAAGUCUGGCAGCCAGCGAUUUCUUAGCUGGGCUUGUUUCGCUCCCGUUGGUGCUCCUAUGCUCGAUCGUUUUUUCCAAUCCCAUCUGCACCUGCAUGGAUUUAUGCCAUCGAUUUCAGUCGUUCUCGACAAUUCUUCACCUGCUGGUAGCAACAUCGGAGCGCUACUUUAAGAUCAAAAGACCCUUUAAGUACAAUAUCCUGGUAACAAAGCGGCGAGUAGUGGCUCUAUUGAUGGCUGUGUGGAUUUUCUCUCUGAGCGCUUCCUUCGUUCAGCUCACAUGGAUCCUAAGUGACAACGAACAACUCACCCAAAAAUUCGACUUUGGUUACUCGGUAUUCAGUUUACUAUCGUUAGCGCUUCUGCCUUUUAUCAUCAUCGCCUGUAUAGAUGGCCAUAUUUUUUAUUACAUUCACAAGGAAAAGAAAUUUAGGCGUGCCUUAACACAAGGGACUUUAUUUGAGAAGCAAGACAGGGAAAAAAGGAGAAGAAACGAUAGAAAGGCACUGAUAAUAUACGCUGUCAUGACCAUUACAUUCGUGAUAGGAUGGUUCCCCUAUUUUAUCAUCUCUCUGCUGGACGACAUAAAACCUGAAUAUCCGAUACCAUUCGCCGCCGGGAUCAUCCUCUUGUCUUUAAAAUUUAGCACAGCCCUAAUCAAUCCUCUGUUGUACACCUUCUUCAAAACUGACUUUCGAAAAGCCCUUCAAGACUUGUUAGAAAGAGGAAAUGGUUCCGACGGAAGUAACGCUGUAAUAACAACUUCAGUUUAAGGUACUCUUUCGAGCACAGAACAGAGCUGUUUAGACGUGGACGUUAAAAUUAAUAAUGAAAACUUUCUAUUGAAAAAGAAGAAAAAAAUCAAGGAGGCUCACUGAAUCUGAUGCAUUGAUCGCUGAUAAUCAUGAAAUGCCAAAUUUAGGACAAAACAGAAGCUGACGAAAUUUCAAUUACAGCAAAAUUACGCAAUAAAACCGAGAACGUGAAAUAAAAGUGUUAUGUUUCCUUGAG